AUGUCAGGUAAUGGAAUUCCACGCAACUGCGAUCAAGAAAAUGACCAUAAACGACGCGAAUUCCUCACAUCAGCCCACUCGCUCAAUUACCCGGCCGCCGAAAAAGAAAAUUCCUCAUUCUUCCGGUUCAAGAAUCUCCAACAAAAAACUAAUCUCAGUUCGAGAACUAUCAUAAAAAAUGUCCUCAACUUCACGCACUCAAGAAUACGAGACUUGUGA